AUUUGCAACGAAGCACGACGUAAGGCUGUAGAGGAAGAAACCAGACGCAAGGCAGAAGAAGAGGAAGAGGCCAGACGCAAGGCUGAAGAAGAGGAAGCCAGACGCAAGGCUGAAGAGGAAGAAGAGGCUAGACGCAAAGCUGAAGAAGAAGCUAGACGCAAGGCUGAAGAAGAGGAAAAGGCUGAACGCAAGGCUGUAGAAGAAAUGCACAGCGGUGCAUUGAAACAAAAGGCUGUAACAGCAAAUUUGCUCUCUGAUAUCUGUGAAUCUGUU